GCAGCCGCGGCCGCCUCGGCCCCUCCCCGCCCCGCGAGCUGCGCACCGCCCGCCGCCCGCCCCAGUGACUCGCGCCCGCGCCCUUGUCCAUCCGACCCCGCGGCGGGCUCCAGGCGCCGGCAGCAUGAGCGGCGGCGGCGACGUGGUGUGCACCGGCUGGCUGAGGAAAUCGCCCCCCGAGAAGAAGUUGAGGCGCUAUGCCUGGAAGAAACGCUGGUUUAUCCUGCGGAGUGGCCGGAUGAGCGGUGACCCCGACGUCCUGGAAUACUACAAGAAUGACCACUCCAAGAAGCCCCUGCGGAUCAUCAACCUCAACUUCUGUGAGCAGGUGGACGCAGGCCUGACAUUCAACAAGAAGGAGCUGCAGGAUAGCUUUGUGUUUGACAUCAAGACCAGCGAGCGCACCUUUUACCUGGUGGCUGAGACCGAGGAGGACAUGAACAAAUGGGUCCAGAGCAUCUGUCAGAUCUGCGGCUUCAGUCAGGCUGAGGAGAGCGCAGCGUCCUUUCUCCUUUUCACAGAUUCGCUGAGAAACAUUUCCUCAGCCAGUCACGGCGCCCGCUCCUCUCCAGCCGAGCUCAGCAGCUCCAAUCAGCACCUUCUCCGAGAACGAAAGUCCUCAGCCCCGUCCCACUCCAGCCAGCCGACCUUGUUCACCUUCGAGCCCCCCAUGUCCAACCACAUGCAGCCCACCUUGUCCACCAGUGCACCCCAAGAGUAUCUCUACCUGCACCAGUGCCUAAGCCGGAGAGUGGAGAACACCAGGAGUGCCAGCUUCUCUCAGGGCACCAGGGCCUCCUUCCUCAUGAGGAGUGACACAGCUGUACAGAAACUUUCCCAGGGCAACGGACACUGUGUCAACGGGGUCAGCGGUCAAGUCCACGGCUUCUAUAGCCUCCCCAAGCCGAGCCGACACAACACAGAAUUCAGAGACAGUGCCUACGACCUGCCCCGGAGCCUGGCCGCCCAUGGCCACACCAAGGGCAGCCUCACAGGCUCCGAGACUGAUAACGAGGACGUGUACACCUUCAAGACGCCCAGCAACGCCCUGUGCCGGGAGUUCGGGGACCUUCUGGUGGACAAUAUGGAGGUGCCGGCCACCCCCCACUCAGCCUACCAGAUCCCUAGGACCUUCACCCUGGACAAGAACCACAAUGCCAUGGCAGUGGGUGCUCCUGGGGACUCGGCCAUAGCUCCCCCACCCAGACCCCCCAAGCCAAGCCAGGCAGAAACACCUCGCUGGGGCAGCUCUCAGCAGAGACCCCCCAUCGGUGAGAACAGCAGAUCGGUCUCUGCCGCCACCAUCCCCAGGCGCAACACCCUCCCGGCCAUGGACAACAGCCGACUUCACCGAGCUUCUUCCUGCGAGUCCUAUGACCACCCUCAGCGAGGCGGAGAGAGUGCCGGCCGCUCUUCAGAGUCCAUGAGUGACGGAGUCAGUUCUUUCCUGCCGGGGAAAAUACGCAUAGGCCGAUCAGACAGCACCAAUUCCGAAGACAACUACGUGCCCAUGAAUCCCGGCUCCUCCACUCUGCUGGCCUUGGAGCGAGCAGGUGACAACUCCCAGAGCGUCUACAUCCCCAUGAGCCCAGGACCCCAUCUCUUUGACCCCCUCAGCUACCCUGCAACAGCCCUUUCUAUGCAUCGAGGCUCCAGCCGGGGGAGUGAGAUCCAGCCACCCCCUGUCAACCGCAACCUCAAACCUGACCGCAAAGUGAAGCCAACCCCACUCGACCUGCGGAGCAACACCGUCAUCGAUGAGCUCCCCUUCAAGUCCCCUGUCACCAAGUCUUGGUCGAGGGCCAUCCACAGCUUCAACUCCAGCUCCUCCCAGUACUGCCGCCCCACCUCCACCCAGAGCAUCACCAGCACGGACUCAGGAGACAGUGAGGAGAACUACGUCUCUAUGCAAUACCCAGUGUCUGCCUCGCCCAUUCCCAGCGGCACCAACAGUCCAGCCCCGAAGAAGAGCACCGGCAGCGUCGAUUACCUGGCCCUGGACUUCCAGCCAAGCUCUCCAAGCCCCCACCGCAAGCCGUCCACAUCGUCUGUCACUUCCGACGAGAAGGUGGACUACGUCCAAGUGGACAAGGAGAAGACCCAGGCCCUGCAGAGCACCAUGCAGGAGUGGACAGACGUGCGGCAGUCCUCGGAGCCUUCCAAGGGUGCCAAGCUGUGAUGGGGCUGCCAAGCCUGGAGAGGGGCCCAGGCACUGAAGUUGGCUCCUCCCCAACUCCCCUCUCUCCUAUCCUGUUGCCCCUUCCAACCUCCCCUCUACUUGGCCACCCUUGGCUUCAAGGCACUGAGGUCAGGGACCCUGAGCCUUUCCUGGGAGGUAGGGCCUGAUGGAGGCACCGCCUCCACCCCCCAGGCCCACCUCUGGUUUUUACCAGUGAUGGCCAUGCCUCCAUUCACCUUAGUUAGGGCGCUUGCCAAAAGCAUCCUUCAGCCUCUUCCUGCCCUUGAGACCUGAGUACCUUCCAGAUGUGUGGAGGGAAGCGCCGGGGCUCGGAGCUGGACUCCACACCUCACCUCCCUCCCAGCCCCCUUGCCGCCGCCUCUGGGCUGCCUCCUUCAGUCCCGGAAAAGCCCAUCGUCUCACUGACCAGGACGACGAGGACCAGCAGACCAAAGUGGACAUGGACUUUAUCCCUUUCUGUCUCAGCAGGGGAGAGGCAAGGCCACCAAAAGGUGGAGGAGUUGAGAGGGAAGGUUAGAGGUGGUCUCUGGGCACAAAGGACUUAGAUCCCCAGCUGCACUGCCCCCCUCCCCACUUUCAGCCAAGUGGCAGUGCACCUGUUGCAGGUGGAGGGGCAGAAGAAUGAGGACAAAAGGAAGGAAAAACUGAGGAUGAAGGGCAACAAGAACAAGGAAAGGGCCAUCGCCCAGGAGAUGGAGAGACAAGGACACAGCUUGAUCCUCAGGGGCCGGCCCUGGGAGCUUCCCCAGGACCUCCUCAAGUUCCUGCCACCUGAGGGUACCACGUGAGAGAGGGCUUGGGCGGGGCUGGAUGGUAUGGGGUAUGGGAGAGAGGGAGCCUGGGGGGCACUGGAGGUGAUGCAGGGCCUGAGGGACGACCCUGGGACCGCAGUGGGCUGGGCAGAAGGCAGUGCAUGGACACAGGGGGGACGGGCAGCAAGUUUCUGCAAGAUGAGCAGUGCAGGGGGUGCAGGUGACUGAUGGAUGAGAGGCAGGAGUGAAGGCCUUGUGGGGACAGCAUAGCAAAUAUACCCAAAGGGCCCAGUGGAAUGGCCGAGGCAGUGCUGUGGGGAUCAGGAUGGAGCAGAAAGUGAAGGAGAGAUGUCAUGUGAGGGGAGUGGUGUGCGUAGUGUCAGUUCCCAGCAGUCAUGGAUGAUGGGGAAAGCAGUGCAAAGGAGCGAGCAGGGCAGAGCCUGGAGGAUGACAUGGGAUUUGGGCCAGGGCAUGGUGCCAGCUGAGUGUUUCUCAGCUCCUCUCACACUAUGUUGAACCCUCACAGCCCAGGUGCCAUGUUGGACUCAAACCUGGCUGCAGGGACAGGAGGGGGGCUUCACCUCAGCCACUUUCUCCUGAGCCAGGGCCAGGGGGGAUCUGAAUCUUAUGUUAAAAGUUCUUGGCCAAAUUUUCUAGUUUCAGAGGGAACUGGGAAGACGAGAUGUUUGAUCCUGCCCUGGGAAGUAGACCAUCCCAACAAAGACGACUUCCUACUAUACUGAAUGGAGGUGGCUACCACUCUUUCAGUUUCUGUGAGUGUGUGUAUACACCCCUCACCAGCCCAGGGCCUGACCACUCCCUAAGAAGUCACAUCCUGGAGAAAUUACUUUCUCCACAGUAGCCCCUCCUCCCGUAUCAUCACCCAGCACAUGUAUUAAUGGCUGCUGGGACCAGGCUCUGGGACAGGCACUGAGGACACAAGGGAUUGGUAAUGGCCAUGAGAGACUGAAAAUGCUGCUGCCCCCUUCCUAGGACGAAACACAGCCAUCCCGAAGUGGCUGGAGCAUGAGUGAGGAAGCGAGGCUGCUCCGGGAGGUGGGUGCCAGGGCAGGCGUGGGAAGGGGCUGAGAUCAGACAAGGUGGCUUCUAGGGAAAGGAGGUGCCCAAGAUGGGGCUCAGAAGAAGAUGGGUCAGAUUUUUAAGUGGAGGAAAAGGCUUGGCAAGCCUUGUGCUUUGGGAACAGAAGACCUUUGGGAGUAUGGGUCCCUGGCUCCGUGUUCCCGCAGGGGAAAGGGCAGUGGUGGCCAUGGCCUACCAUGAGCAGGUGUGCCGUUCCCUCUAUCCAGCCCUGACUGUGUCCCUAGGAGGGGAGCUUUUAAUGGCACCACCCCUGUGCCCAGCAGGCUACAGGUAAGCCCAGGUGUGGGUGCCCUAAUGUCAGUAUUUUCUGGAUGUGCCAUGAUGUGGACUGGCUGGUGUCUUCAGAGACUGUGUUCAGAGCUAAUCUGCAAGGAGCCCUCCCUUCAGUUCUUGGUUCCUGUAACUCCCAAACUCUCAGGGUAGAGAUGGAAGGAAGUACAAGGGAAGAGGACACUGGCUCACAAGCCCCACACUACCGGGUGUUUAGCACAUACCUGUCGGCUCAGUUUAAGAAACUGGUCCUUUGGCCUCUUGGGUCAAAGCUCCCCUCUCCUGGUGGCCUGGCAGGACUAGGGUUGCUGUCUCAGCACCUUUAACACAGGACUCCUGCCUGGGGCGCCCUCCCCCACCUCCAGCUCCACCUCUACCUCUGCCAGGUUACACAUGGCAGAGCAGGAACUGAGAAAAGAGGGAGAGGUUGCUACAGGGAAAUGUCGCUCCCUCGGACCUUGGUUUGCCCGUCUAUGAAAUGGGUGGUUAGAUUAGGUCUCUGAGGCCCCUGAUAGGGCGGAUGCUCAGCUGUUUUAAGGGAGAACUCCCUUCCCUGUGGCCUCUCUAAAGGGUCUGGAUCACUAGGGAUGGGCAACACCCAAACAUUAGCCAGUUAACCCAGUCUCUUCCCUGGUUGAGUUUGGUAACCUCUCCAUCUGAAACCAAACUUGCCCCAUUCGUAGGACAGAAGCACAGCCAUUCUGCAGUGAUUGGAGCACAGGCUCCACCUCAGUCUGCCCUUUGCCCCCUUACCUGCCAUGGGGUUAAGGCCUCAGCCCCCACGAGGCCAGGCCCCUCACCCCCACCCUGCCGCACCCUUUGACGAGCUCUGGAAGCAGAGCGCAGUGUGUCCUUCCUCUCUCUGGGCCUCCCUCUGCAGCGUGUGGGGGAUGAGAUGACCACAGGAGCUUAAAGCCCCGCCUACAGGCCGUCAUCCUGGGACCCCAAGCUCUUUGGGGCUAGGUCGGCCGCCUUGAGGGGCGUCCCACUGGAGAGUCAGGCCGUCACGUGCUAUUUGGUGGGGUGUGUGUGUGUGUGUGUGUGUUGGUUACAUGUCUUGAAGUUUAGAAUCCUUCACAUGGAAUUGUUGCUGUUUGUCAGGAACAGAGAUAGGCUAGGAGAAGUCCAGGCUUGGGUUCUUGCCCUGUUACCAUUUAAAAUUGACAUUUAAUUUUUCAAAUCACUGUUGGUGCCUAAUCACUUAAGUUAUUAAUUUAUUCUGUUUUCUUUUUUAAAAACAAAAAAAAUUGUAACAUAUUUAUCCUGUGAGUAGGUCUGGGGUGGGGCGGGCACGGGUUUGUGUGGGUCAUUUUUGCUGUGGUGACACAUGGUACAGGCCUGACGCGUGCAGGUCGCUUUUUACUGUGGUGUUGGAGCAGGACAACAAUAAAGUCCAACGGAAGCAACCAGCGUGGGCUGCCAUGUCUGCCUGUGGGAGGGGCUGGGGCGGACCAGGCCAGCCUGUGAGUCGUGUGUCAGCGUGAACACAUGCUCGAUGAGAACAUGCUUUCUCAGGGUCCUGGAAAGGCUCUGGGCCAGCUUUCAUUUUAGCAGAAAGUAACUGCUCCUUGGCGAGAAACUUGGGCACUUUUCUUGGCGAGAAGCGAGAAUGAACCCUCCUUACCUCAGAAUCCAUCCUCCUGGUGUGUAAAAUGGGAACUGCAGUAACCUCCACCAAUUCAUCUUUCUUAGAAGGCACCCUGACCGGGGACUGAACAACGAAUGUGUGACUUGGCGCCAACAGACUCUCAGCCCGCUUUUGCUGGGCCCUGCAGCGGACAUUUGAGGGUCUAUGACACUUGGGCCCAAACGCAACUCCUCCACCUACAGCACAAGCAAGAGGCCUUGAAACCAAGCCCUGGCCGCACCACUGGCCGCCACCUUCCCACUUGGUUUGUUCUCCCAAAGGGAACAGGCAGGGUUGUGGGAAAGGGGCCUCCACAUGAGGGCUCUGUGUGCCUCCCCAGCCCCACAGGUGGGAUGGCAUCUGGGGAAGGCCUGCCUCCCAGCUUUCUUCCUGGCCUGGGCCCACAUCCAGCCAGGGGAGGCCACCGCCCCUCAGAUCUCAGAUGGAAGGAAGAAGGAACAUGGUAUCAGCACGAGCUACUGAUGGACAGGCCAGAGUUCCUGGGGUCUGAAAAUCCCCAGAUACUGGGCUGCAGCCCCACCCGAUAGUCCCCUGUCAACACCGCAUCGGGCAGCCCCUUGCCUGUGCACCCACCACCCCUCCAAAGGCAAAGGGCUCCCGCUCCUCAGGAUACCGGGCAUUCUUCCUUCCCUCUUCAGCGCCCGCCUCGUCCUCACCUGUUCACAGAGCACUUCCCUGCAGGUGUUGCCACCCCACGUGGGAUGCCUGACAAGUCAGCGAGCAGGGGGACCCUCCUUACUGCCUAGACACGCGACAUCACAGCCACUGGGUGGGAAGGAAGACAUCUUCAAAGGCUUCAGAGAACCCAUUUUAUUCCUGUUUGAGACCCUGGGUCUCUACUCUCCAUGGAGAAGGGGUACAGCCGUGUCAGGGCACCUGAGGUCAGUAUCUCCUCCCCGCCAGGCCCUCCCGCCAGCCCCCAGGCCGGGGCUCUCUCUCUGCCACUGAGCAGGAGCUGAGCCAGCCGGCUUUCCGGGACAGACAGUGGCUCCGUGAGAAACAGACACAUUGGCAGUAAAUAAGGAUUCUCCAUCUCACCCAGAGGGGAUGCCCACAGUGGCAUCUCAGGCACUGAGGCAGGCUAGGGAGGGGGAGGGUUUCCCACUGCAGGGGCUGUCCUCAUGCUGGUCAGGGCAGACAGUCUCUGAUCCUGAGCCAGGCUGCUUCCCACCUCCCCUCGCUCAGGAAAGCGCAGACACCCACACGUUACCGGUGAACCCCUCAGAGAGCCGGACAGUCGCAGGUGGGACGCAGCCCCGCUCCAUGCCAGGGCCUGGCUCCUGCUCUGCUCUCUGUACUGUCCAACAAAAGGACCAUCUACAAGGAGCUAGAAGGGCAAGGCUACUGGAUGGCAAACACUGGCGCUGUGAGGUUCGGCCCUGUCGGGGGUCUGCAGGGGACAAGGCCAGGGUGUCCAUCUAAGGUGCUUAAGUUGGCCAGGACACUCAGUAAAAUCCUAAUGGGGUCGAGCCCAGUGUCAGGGCCCGAGCCCAAGUUUAAGGGGCUUGGGUCUCACCUCUCCAUCUCAGUCCCUGUGUCCCAGCAGCUCCCUCUCCACCUUUCUAGCCCUCGGAAGGGCCUGCCUUUAGGACUGGACCUGCCUCCAUGGCCCCUCUCAGGCCCCAUGCCCUGGGCCUCCCAGAAGAAAGGGGUCAAGGCCUCCCCUGAGGCUGGCGCCCCCCACAGGCAGGAACAGGGGAGGCUCCCAUUAGAAGACCAGUCUGUGGAAAUCACCACCACUGCCACCAGCAGGGCUGCAGCCCCCAGGAGAGCCUUCAUCCUCAUCCUUGUCUUCGUCGAAGCCCCUCCCCCAGCACGGGGACCCGGGGAGUGCGGAGAUGUAGGCCGCCCUGCUCCGUGCCUCCUUCUCCUGCUCCUGGAACACAGGGGAAAGGGGGAAGGAAGCUCAAAACUCAGGCUCAGAAGCAAGUCCUCCUUCACUCCCUGCCCAUGUCCCCCCAGGCCCAGAGGAGCCACGCUUCUGCCCUAGAGGCGGUCAGCCCCGUGGGCAGACAGGAGGAGGGACCCGUCCUUCCAUCUACACCGAGGCUUCCAGCUCAUUCUUCCUGCUCCCAAAAAACCCAGCCCUUGGAGCAAAGAAACUCAUUCAGACUAACUAGCCUGACAGUCGCUAAGGGCCUGAUGCGACACCAGGAGGCAGGAGGCCCAGGGACUUCAGGGGUCACGUCACACACACAGGGACCCUCCGACGGCUUCCUGGCACCAUUGUCCAGCUCACUGCCUCAGGCACUGGGCACGGACUCUCCUGUGUCCGAGCUCUGCCUCCUGCUGAACGGAGGCCGGCCUCGCUGGGCAGCUGGUGGGAAUGUACAAGCGGCCCCGUGUCCCACCCCGGGUGCCACCUUCCCCCACACACUCGGACUCCAGGUGCUGCUGUCCGGAGGUCCCAGGUGGCCACUGCCGUUGUUAGUCAGAGCCCUCUCAUUGUCAGAGCCCUGGUGUUCCAGUUGCCAAGUAUUUUGACACCAACCUUGACAUCAAAGAGUAGACGGAGGCGGCUCGCUGGGUAGGGAGGCCCCUGGGUGCCCAGAGGCACUCUGUCCGCUCACAGAGCCCACACUGCUCCAUCGGCACUUACAACCCUGAAUAAAUACCUGGUGAUACUCAG